CGGUUUUUGCACGAAACUACGUCAUUAUUGAUAAAAAGUUGCACAACUGUUGCCGGCUACCUCUAAUUAUUUGUCUAAAAAAUAAGUUCAAAAUAAAAUGUUUGUAGUUAAUUAUUAAAUGGCACAAUUAUGAAUAUCAAAAUUGGCGAAAUCUUCUUUGACAUAACCUGCUGAAAUAUCGAUUCUUAGUUGGUCAUCGAUAUGCUUGCACGAUACUAAUAAGCAAUUUUUGUUGUAAUGUUGCCGAAGACCCCGAAACCAGCAAUUUGGAGAUUCAUCAAGGGUAGCGCCAAGACACUCUUCGUGCUGGAAGCCGUCUGCUUUGCAGCCAGCUACGGACUCUACUACCGCAUGAACACAGACCAAGAUUUUCGCCGGUACGUCAACGAGAAAUAUCCCUACGCUCUUGAGUAUUACUAUAAAAUUGGUGAGCUUGUUGGCGAUAACACAGUGAGAGAAACAGACGCAAAUUACUGGAGCUCAACGGCGGCGCAAUUCGGCAAGAAGCAAUAGGAGAAACAAUACUUAAUUAUCGAUGGCCAGCAAUCCGUAUGUGAAAUCUGUCCUAUUGCUGGUUGGCGCCGGUGGACUUGGCUACGCACUGAUGCUGCUCACCGAACCCAAUGCGGAAAAGAUAGAACGCAUUAAGGCAUCGGCAAGGGGCCCCCGACAAUUCAACGCUGAUGAUGAGAAGAAAGCGCUCUUCAUGAAAAAGUUGCAGGAGGCUGCGAUAAAUAGUACUCCAAUUUAUCGACAAACACCAACGGCUGCCGAUAAAAAAGAAAACUAGUCUUAAUUUCUGUACAUAAUCUGCUGCAUCGCAUAUGUUAUAUAAAUAUAGGUUUUUUUUGUGACUACAA